UCAGUGUCACUACUGUCAGUUACUGUGCUGCUAGUUUUUUUUAACUUGUUUAUAAAAUUAGUUUAGAUACCAAAUUUUGUAAUAUUCCCUAAUUUUGUUGUUAUUUUACAUUUACUUUACCAUAUAUGUUGAUCUUGUAUAAGUUCUUCUAAAGCAGUUAAACUUAUGAAGAAAUGCCAAAAUGAGUUGUAUGGUAAAGGAGUGUAAAAACUUGAAGAGAUUAAUACCAGAAAAUGCAGUAUUAAGUUUUCACAGAUUGCCUAAAGAUAAGAAUCGUCGAAAACAGUGGUUGUCUGCCUUAAACAUAACCACUGAAAUACCUGACAAGGCAGUCAAAUUUGUUUGUUCGAACCAUUUCGAAAACGACCAGUUCCUUACAUAUACCGAAAUACGUGUUUUAGUUCCAUCGGCAGUUCCUAGUCUUUUCGUAGACAAGAAGAUUUUCACUCCUACAUCGAACUCUUAUGAUGUUCCAACAUCAAGUGAAGGAAGCCCUAAAAUGAAGAGAAGAACUCCUGCUAUUACUUCUGCUGAAGAACAAGAAUCAAUUUCUCAAAAUGUAUCACAUGGUACUUUAUUGGAUGAAAAAUUACUAUCUAAUCAACCUGAAAGUGUUGUUCCAUUAGAUGAUGAUAAUGAAAGUCUCAGUCCCGCAGUAAAGAUGAGGUUUUUGAAGUUGGAUCAUAAUUAUUGUGCUUGUACUGAAAAACUAGAGUCAAGAAGAAAUAAAAAGUUAUUAAAAUUGGAUCAUAAUUAUUGUGCCAACCCGGGUAAUCCUAAGAAGAAGAUUCGAGCGAGUAAUUUAAAAUGUCGUUUUCAAAGUAAAUCAUUAGGAAAAGUAAAAGUGAAAAUGCUCAAGAAAAAAGUUAUCGAAAUACUAUCAAGAAACUAUACAGUGUAGUGGUAUUUAUCAAAUAUUGGACUGUUUAUUCUGCAAUGUGGAAGACGAAACAGAUUUUCUCUGAAAACUGAGAUGUUUAAGAAGAUGCAGCUUGUAUUGUGAAUCAUAAUAUUGAGCUGCUGUGGCCGGUGGCAGUGUAAGGAGACUGAUUUAAAAUAUUUUCUAUAGAAAAGAUGGUUUUAUUGAUUUGCAGUGGUGACUUUAAAUAUUUCAAUAUAAUCAUUUUCUUUAAGCUGUUUUGUUAUCUAGUAAUUGAUGAUCUAGAUAUUUAUUUUUAUUAUUUUGUGCACUUGAGAGCACAAUCUGAAGACAUUAGCAAUGUUUCUAUAUACUUUUUUUUUUGUUGUAACAAUGUGAUGCCCUUAGACUAUGAAAAAGGGUGGAUACAUAACUCUGAAAUGCAAUAUGUGACCGAUUGACACUACACAUUAAAUGAAGACAAAAUAUAAGUUGUCCCACUAUAAAUUACACAUUUUAACAGCUUAUAACUCGAAAAUAAAAAAAUAUAUUGACCUGUAGUUUUCGCUAAAAUUCUUGCAUUUACUUCAAGUUUUAGUUGACGUAGUUGCCAAAUUUAUAUAUUUUUCUCGAAAUUGCCGGAAAAAUGGCAUUUUUUUACAUUGUAGAUAAAACGGUGUCUAAUAUGUCAGACUGCUUUGGGAAAAGAACACAGUUGAUUAUAAGAGUAUCAGAUAAUUUUUUACUUUAAAUAAACCAGAAAAUACACUUAUAUAAAAAAUAAAUAAACUUAACAGAACAUUCCAACAAUCUUACAAUUAGGGGUGAG